CACAACAAUCAGUAAUGAUUAAAUGAGUUUUCAAACGGGAUGAUUUAAAAGUGCAUUGCUCCAGUGGCUUCGCAAUAUCGGAAGAAAGAGCGUUCCAGACGUACCUGGGCCUCCUCGGGCUCACGGGCUGUGGUGCAGUUUCACCGCCUGCACGCUUGAUGAGCUCCACCACUGCCUCCGAUCGAAUCACCCGGAAUCUGCCCGAUCCUCUCGGAUCCCGAAAGCCAGAAGUGGGAAACUAAGCGGGCUUGAGCCUGGAUAGGGCCUGGGCGGGCGAUGACCACGCGCAGAAUGGGUUGUGCCUACGUGCCGUCGCUCACGAUGCCCGGCGUGCCGAGAGGCUCUUCGCGGACGCGCGCCGAAACGUCGGACAUCGUGCCGAAAAACGCGCGGUACAACCCCACCUCCCCCCACCCCCGGCGACCGAUAACACAUCGGAGAUGCGGUGAGGCGUGGUCCGAGCCAUCACCGGCCUGCCCGUGGCCCCGCCUGCGAGCCACAGGCACGUGCUGAUGCAAGACGCUCGACUGCUGGGGCGCUUCCCGUUCGCCGCCGACGAGGGGAGCCGCGCGACGUUCGCCGACUACUCGGGCAGCUGCUCGGAUCAGCCGCCCCACUCCUGGUUCCUGCUCUUCAGGGCGGUGUUCCGCGUGCCCGAGGAGACUCGCCUCUCCGCGGAGCUCCACUCGCCCGCUCCGCGCUCAUCACUCCACAUCGUCGACAAUGACACGGGGCGACUGCUGCACCGCAGCGGCCGUGGCGGCCCCCGCUGCCUGGUCAGGUCGGCCGUGUUCGCUCCCAACAAGAGCGGCUACACGUUUGUGGGCGACGCGGAGAGCGGGGAGUCCCCUGUGGGCGGGGGCGGGCGCUGGCGCCUGCGCAUCGUGGGCUCGGGCGGCCAGCUGCCCGUGCCCGAGCGCGAGCCGAUCGCCGUCGCCUUCGCCGCCCGCGACGUUCGGGAACACUACGUCCCCGGCGAGCAGGGGCUCGCGAUGAGGUACCGCAUGAAAGCGAGCGUGGACCAGCUGGUGUCUCUGCGCGUGCACGCGUCGCUGGCGAGCGCACGCCUCUCGCUGGCGCUGCUGGAGGGCGAGAGGACGGUGGCGAGCGCCACGGGUCGCGGCGACGCCGCCAUCGUCGCCGCGGCGCUGCGGGGAGCCCGGCGCCGCUCGGCCACCCAGCGCGCUCCGGCCAGUAACGGCGGUGCCAAGUCUCCAACCCCCAUGAACCCGGCUCCGCCGCCCGUCAGGAAGUCCGGCGGUGGGCACAAGACGGGAAGGGCGACGGCGGCGUCGUCGUCGUCAGCGUCGUCGUCCACGACGACGUCGCGGCCCCCCAGCGGCCUGGCUCCCGCGCCACCGCAGUCCGAAGCGGAGGCUCGAACUCAGACCCUGGCGGCUCCGGAGAUGCUGCGAGCUGAGCCUGAGCAGCCGGCGCCCGUGUACGUGCUGGAGAUGCGGGUGCUGUGCGACUCGUGGCCGCUCAGCGACGACGACAACGCGUUCGCGGAGACGCUGCGCGAGAAGGAGCGCGCCGAGCUCAAGCUGGUCGUGGAGAAGCCGGAGGAGCAAUCGGCGGGCACGGAGGAGGCGCCCGCCUCGGUGGCGCAGGCAGAUGCCCCGCGGGGGAGCGCCGCCGGUGCCGGCGGCAGUUCCACCGCGAGGACGACACGGCGCGGCAAAGGGGCUGGCGACAAGGACCGCGGCAAGCAGGGCGGCGCGCCGGCCGACGCACAGCCUGCGUUGGAGGUGGGCCGCCCGCACUGGACGCUGCGCGUGCUGAGCGACGCGACGGAGGAGCCGCUCACGCUGUGGCGUGACACCGACCGGGCCGACGGCGCCCGCCACGUCAAGCUCGCAUGGGAGCUCGCCGAGCCCGGGAGGGCGGCCAAGGCGCUGAAGGCUCGGCGGGAAUUCCUGAGCAAGAUGCGCGCCGCUCAGACACCAGCCCCACCGCCCACGGGAGAAGUGACGCCGUCGCCACUCGCCGACGAGAGCGGAGGGCAAGCGGCAGGCGGGCCGCGCGAUGAGCCUCCUGCCGAGCCGCUUCGCCUGACCUUCGACCCCUCGCCCUUCUUCAGGGGCUCGUGUGUGGAGGCCGCGGUGAAGGACCGGGCGACGGUGCAGGAGGAGGAGCAGAGGCGCGCCGAAGAAGAGAUCCGCCAAUUCCGGCAGAGACGCGAGGAGCUGCUGGAGAGGAGGGAGAGGGGCAGGAAGGAGAGGGCAGAGGACGCCGCUAGGCUGACGACGAUUUACGAGCAGCUGCAGGCGGCCGUGCGCGAGGCGCGGUGCAGGGCGCUGGCCCCGCGCGAGAUCUUCGUGGAGCGGCUGGAGGAGGCGGCGCGGCUCCACGCGGCCGAGAAGGAGGCACGGGAAGCGGCGCUCCGAGCACCGCAGCCGGCGCCGAGCCCCAAAUCGGCGCGCAAGCGGAGCCCCAAGGGCAGCGCCGUCAAGAAGAGGGGGCAGUAGAGGAGGGCAGGGGGUGGGUGGGUGGGUGGCUGGGUGGGUUGGGGACGUUGGCGGUAGUGCAACGGUUAGUAGUAAUGGUAUAUUUUGAAUUACCCUGUGAGCCAAGAAGCUCUUAAUUCGGGUGUCAUCAACAAAAAAACAACACCGCCGACCCGAAGUUCGAUUCCCGCUCACGGCCUACACCAGUGACGAUUAUCUGAACCGGUCCUGGGCCUCCGCUAGGUGGACUCAGCCUCAAAUGAGUACGUGGUGCGG